GCAAGGGAUACCAUCAUGGAGAUCUCAUCAAAAGAAAACACUCAGUUUUUCUCAUACAACACGGUCCUGCCGGUUGACCGAUCUUCAUUCAAAUCCGAAUCUUCUGCGUCCAAGGACACACAAUCGUGUUGUGGAGGUAUAAAGAUAUUUCUUGGUGCAUUGUCUUUUGUUUAUUUUGCUAAAGCACUGUCAGGAAGUUAUCUAAAAAGUACUAUCACACAAAUAGAAAGAAGAUUUGAUAUCCCUUCCUCUUUGGUUGGCGUUAUUGAUGGCAGUUUUGAAAUUGGGAACCUCCUAAUCAUAAUUCUUGUAAGCUACUUUGGAGCGAAGCUUCACAGGCCAAGAAUAAUUGGAGCAGGCUGCUUAAUUAUGUCAGCUGGAACAUUCCUAAUUGCCAUGCCCCAGUUCUUCAUGGGACGGUAUCGGUAUGAGAGAUUCACUUCUACCAUCAAUUCCACUGCUAGCAUCUCUCCAUGUCUGCAGGAUAAAAGCCAAACUCCACUCUCAUCCCUGGAAAAGUCUCAAGCAAAAAUAAGUGCAGGAUGUGAAAAAGAAGCAGGUUCUUCCAUGUGGAUCUAUGUUUUGCUGGGAAAUCUUUUGCGUGGAAUUGGUGAAACUCCUAUCCAGCCUCUGGGAAUUACAUACAUCGAUGAUUAUGCCAUUGAAGAAAAUGCUGCCUUAUACAUUGGCUGUGUACAGACAGUUGCAAUUAUAGGACCAAUAUUUGGCUUUCUUCUAGGAUCCCUGUGUGCCAAACUUUAUGUUGACAUUGGCUUUGUAGAUCUGGAGAGUGUAACAAUAACUCACAAGGACGUGCAGUGGGUGGGAGCCUGGUGGCUAGGUUACUUAAUAGCAGGUGUGAUUAGUGUUCUGGCUGGCAUCCCUUUCUGGUUCCUGCCUAAGCACCUUCCAAAACCAGAGAGAAGAAAGGACUCCAGUACUUCUUCUGAGCAGUCAAAGUUCAUCACUGAGGAUAACAAAGACCAACACAAAUUUUAUCAGCAACAAGUGAAGAUUACCGAGAUGGCGAAAGAAUUCUUGCCAUCAUUGAAGAGCCUCUUUGGGAAUCCAGUUUACAUUCUGUAUUUGUGUGCAAGUAUCAUUCAGUUCAAUUCUUUAAUUGGCAUGGUGACAUAUAAACCAAAGUAUAUUGAGCAACAGUAUGGGCAAACAUCUUCAAAAACUAAUUUUGUUAUAGGUCUUAUCAACAUUCCUGCUGUGGGUUUUGGCAUAUUCUCUGGAGGACUCAUCAUGAAAAAAUUUAGAAUCAAUGUUUUAGGGGCUGCAAAACUCUCCUUAGGAUCGUCUUUCUUUGGCUACCUUUUGCUCCUCUCAUUGUUUGCAAUGGGAUGUGAGAAUUCAGAUGUGGCUGGACUGACUGUGUCGUACCACGGAACUAAACAGAUGACUGAUUAUGAGCACGCCCUGUUUUCGGAGUGCAACUCAGGCUGUGCUUGUUCCAAGACUGACUGGGACCCCAUCUGUGGGGAAAAUGGAGUUACCUACAUUUCUGCUUGUCUCGCUGGCUGCCACGCGUCCAAUGGCAGUGGGAAAAACACUGUAUUUUUUAACUGCAGCUGUGUGGGAAUGUUGGAAUCUCCUUCACAAAGCUCCUCAGCUGUGGUGGGACUGUGUCAAAAAGGAAAUGAGUGCCCAAAAAUGUUUCUGUAUUUUCUAGUAAUAUCAGUUAUCACUUCAUACACUUUGUCAGUAGGUGGCACACCUGGAUACAUUCUGCUUCUAAGAUGCAUUAAACCACACUUGAAAUCAUUUGCACUUGGUAUCUACACUCUGGCAAUAAGAGUACUUGCGGGAGUUCCAGCCCCAGUGUAUUUUGGAGUGGCUAUAGAUACCACUUGCCUGAAAUGGGGAAGCAAAAGAUGUGGGGGAAGAGGAGCAUGCAGACUAUAUGACUCCAGUGCACUCAGGUAUGUGUAUCUGGGGCUGACUUUGAUGUUGGGCACGGUGUCCAUUUUCUUCAGCGUUGCUGUCCUUUGGGUUCUCCGGAAAAGGUCUUCUUCACAUGAUGAGAACCUCUCAACCAACGGGGAGAGUGGCACCUGUGGCACAAAGAGCAGAAAAGAUAAUUUUGCCAAUAGUGAUCAUUUAAUUCAGACAACUUACUGGCCAGAAAAGGAGACUAGACUUUAG